UUAAUAAAUAUAAUAAUGGCCUUCAUGGAAUGACGCUGCUUCUCUCGCUCUCUCUCACUCUUUCUCUCUUUCUCUUUCACAACAACAAGUGAAAGCUUUAGUUGUCAGUAAUAUCAAGUAAAUAUGGCUGCUCCUAAGAAAGAGCUAGGAUUGGCUGUCUCGGCUCCUCCUGCUCUUCUCCCUCCUUCUCUUCCCAGACCACCUCCUCCUGAUAAACACAAGUUUGAGAAGGAGCUGUCUGAACUAACAGAGCAGAUAGAGGCAAAGAAAGCACAGCAGGAGUCUAUGUCAGUUCUGUCUGAUGGCAGUAGAGGUCCUUCGGAGCAGCUGCUGGAGACUCAAGCAAUGAUGGAUGGGCUUGAGUCGGAAAAGAAAGAGAUUUUAUCAGAAAUAAAGGUCAUUGAGGAAAGGAUAAGAACAUUAGGAUCAACUUUCACAAAAGAGAGAGAUAAAGCUAACAAGAUUUCUCCUUCUCUAAAGUAUAAGUCAGAAGAAAUGUAUGAGGAACAAAUAAAGAAGUUGGAGUCACAGCUGGAAAAGACCUUUACAUAUCUCUCAACGAAUGACAGGAGGAAACUCCAGCAGACUAUAGAUACACUGAAAGAAGCUAAAAUUAAACUAAAAGAUUUCCUAGAGUCAAGGAAAACAAUGGAUGAAUGUCGGAACGAACAAGAUGAGCUAAGAAAAAGAAAAGAUUCCCUUUUUCAAAAGAGCAAGAAUUGCCGGGAGAGGGUCAACAGUUGCCGUGACGACGCUGACAGGCUCCGUAAAGAGAUCCAAGAGAGAAAGGGACAACAUAAAAGUAGAAAAGCUGAACAGGAAGCAUUAUCCAGAGAAAUUAGCGAGUUGUAUCAGAAACGAAAGAAGCUAAACGAGGACUUUCGUCAGAAGCAAAACGAGUACUUGGCACAAAUGAAAGCUUACAGCGAAGAAGAGGGCGGAGCUAAGAGAGGAGGAGGAGGAGGAAAGGGAGGAGCCAGUAACAAUGAGAAGACAAUGGUGGAACGUGACUAUCAUAAGCAAAUCAAACAUUCAACAAGGGUUGAGGUAACCAGAAGAGAUGAGGAAGUAUCAAUAUGUCUGACACUCAUAAACUAUCUGACCAGACUAAGCACCACCACCAACAGGGCUACCUCUCCCUCGCUCCUGAGGACUCACCAAACCCACGCUCCAUCAGCUUCUCCUGACGAGCUCCGUAAAGUGUUGAGUCCUCCAUUAAGGGUGAGUGAAGGUGAUGAUGUUGUUGUAAUUCACAGGAAGAGAGGAGAAGAUGAAGAGGAAUGGAUACCAGCUGGUAGCAGGGACAGGAACAGCAGAAGGAAGGCAAGGAGAAGGAAGAGUUUCUCUGGACAAAAAACAUUUUCAAAGUCCCUGCAGCACAAUGCCACCAUAUUUGAGCAGUUCAACAGGUUGGGGCUGCAACCGCCUAUAACUCCAGCUGAUAUUAAUAAAGUCUCUGAUCAAUUAAGAGGUUUACUGAUCAAGUACGAAGCUGGUAAAGAGGCGGAGUCAGAAGCAGGUGAUUCUGGAAUCAUGAGUAGCACUGGAAUCAGCGAAAUCAGUGAUUUUACUCACAUGAAUGAUAUUAGUCUCACUAGUGGUGAAGUCACACCCAACAGGCCACAACCCCACUCUCCGUCACCUCCUCUUCUCCAAAAUGAAUCUGGUCCUUUAGACAGGUCAUGUGACACCAUCGUCAACUGAUAGCCACACCCAGUCAUUAAUUGACAGUUAUAGGUACAAUAAGUUUUUGUUGCUACAUGUUAUUAAUAAUGAUUGAAUAUUUAACCAUUUGUAUACCAUUCAUGAA